UCUUGUUUGCACCAAGAGGUCAAAUGGCGGAAAAACUAAAUACUUCUUUGUUCAAUUUAAACAAUUGUUCUUCCUGACAAUAAACAAGCUAAAUAGAUACAGUAAUCCUACUAUACAGAGUCUACAACAUAUUAUCUGGAAAGGUGUCAGUCAUGACUCUUAUGGAAGGAACACUGUGGAAGUGGACCAACUACUUGAGUGGCUGGCAGCCACGAUUCUUCRUUCUUGAGGUUGGUGUUCUUGCUUAUUAUAAGUCCCAAGAGGAAGUUGGGCGUGGUAGUAAAGGAUCCAUCAAAAUGGGGUGCUGUGAAAUAUCAGUACAUCCCACAGAUAAUGUUAGAAUUGACCUGAAGAUUCCUCCUGAUCAGUACAUCUACUUACGAGCAGCUACAUCAGCUGAGAGACAACAGUGGUUGGUUGCUUUGGGAACAUCAAAGGCUUGCUUGGCUAGGCCUCAGCCAAGUGAUCAAAAAGGGGAUUCAGACGUGUCACAAAUGAAUCAGUUGAAAGAUAGUAUGCAAGAGCUUGGCAUGUACAGAAGCCUACUGUUACAACAAGUUAAUACCAUAAAACUCUUGUGUAUAGAAAAGAAUCAAAGUCAGGAAUUCAGUGAAGCAGCAACUAUGCUGUCAGCGACUUGUGAUGAGUUCCUCAAGAAUCUGUGUGACUGCAUGGAGCUAGCAGAUGCCAACUUUGGUGGGACACCAGAUAAAAGUAAAUCAAAACACUCCAAUUUUAGAAAACAUUUGCUGCAUGAGUCUCACAGAACAACAUCUCCACCUUUAUCUCCAACUUCUCCAACUUCAAGUAUUUCUAGUUCAUCAUUUGGUUCAACAAUGAGUGAACAACCAAGUUUAUCUGCCACCAGUGAACAUUCAACAGAAAGUGACAAAAGCUUAUUGCCAAGGCAACCCAGGGCUGAACCAAUACAACCACAGCAAUCUGCUCACGGAACUGCACAUAAAGUACACAAUCAUCCUGAUAGCUCAAGGAAUGGCUCUCCAGCUCCUGACAGCACUCAAAAACGCUUACAACCAGAACCAGCCACAUUCUUUUCCACGGCCCCUCACAGAUUCGAAGAUGUUUCGCUUACACCAGAUAAGGGAAUCCCAACCAAGUCAUUUUUGGCUGCCUGCUCAAGUAUCCUUCCAUUUUUUGACAUCCUUGGAUCUACAGCUUUUGCUCCAGUCAAAAUGGACAUUGGUGGAAAUAUUAAAAAAUUAUCGAUCAAAUUUGAUAUGGACCCCAAGGCGUUUCAUACUCUCCAGAACAUGAUCUACCAGGAAAUAAAAAGUAAUACUUGUACAGUGAAAAACGCGGCUACUGAUGCGCUGCUCUGGUUGAAAAGGGCAUUGGAAUUUAUGCAGAUUUUUCUUUUAGAGGUUUUAAACGGAACUCAAGACUUGGCUGUCGCUGCAAGUGUCGCCUACGAAAAUACUUUAAAGAAGUAUCAUGGAUGGAUUGUUCGUGGUGUAUUCGCAAUGGCUGUUAAAGCUGUUCCUUACCGCGAGGAUUUCCUUACAGCCCUCGGGACGAUAGACCAUCACUGUGCUCCCCCUGCGGUAGUGUUGCGGCAUAUAAAAGUCACCGUGACUGCUCUUGGUAAUUUAAUUGACAUUCUAAAUAAGUUUUACCAGACGAACAAACUGGAUGCUGACUAUACCGUGUAGAAUUGUGGAUCAAAUCUUUUUGAGGGAAUGGAACGAAGCCGAAAAACAACCAAUGAAUGGGCUGAGGGAAAAUUUUAGAAGAAAGCGCUUAGAAAUUACGAAAAAAAGGGAGCUUGUCAAUUUAUGGCCGUGUUAGACAAAAUGAUAAUAUGGUACCUAAUAAUUGAAACUAUGGACAUCAAACGCUGGAAGUAUCUUUUAUAUGUAUCAGUGGCUGACCAACAUGAAAGCAUGGUGCGGUUUGGCACGUAGAAAGAGAUUUCUUUACGUACCUUGGCAAGCAUCAGACCUGGUUCAGUGUGUGGUACCCGGGGUUUCCAAACGCUUGUAGUCCUUUAAGUGAGGUACUGUACUCAAGUACUUGUGCAAGCAUUAGGACAAGGUUGUAGAAUUUUUGUAACACCUUAUCGAAUAAUAGUGAUUAUUUGGGUACCUUACUUAUCUAUUGGGUAUGCUUGAGACAAUAGUUUAGUGUGGUACACCAGAUACACCUGCAUUAGACAAGGGUAUGCAUUAGACAAGGGUAUGCAUUAGACAAGGGUAUGCAUUAGACAAGGGUAUGCAUUAGACAAGGGUACACCAGAUGUCGAACUUUUGUGUGCCCGUAUAAAAUGACACUGAUUCUACGGAUACGUAUGCAUGAGACAAGGGUGUGGGGUGGUACCCAGAUGUCGAACUUUUAUAGGCCCGUCAUGUAUAUAAAAUGAAAUGAUGCUAUGGGUACCUCGUUUGUAGUUAACUUUGACAACAACGGAUAUAGAUUAUGAUUAAAUUAUGUAAGAUAUUCAUAAAUUAGAAUGUAACAAAAAUAAAGCUAACAUUUGAACAUGGGAAAUAAAUAUUUUUUAUCACUGAUA